GCAGCAGCAGCCGCCGCCCCAGGCCCCCCCCAUGGAGCCCGAGGCCCCGGAUUCCCGCAAGAGGCCCCUCGAAACGCCCCCCGAGGUGGUCUGCACCAAGCGCAGCAACACGGGAGAGGAAGGCGAAUACUUCCUGAAGGUGCUGAUCCCCAGCUACGCGGCAGGCUCCAUCAUUGGCAAGGGCGGGCAGACCAUCGUGCAGCUGCAGAAGGAGACAGGAGCCACCAUCAAGCUCUCUAAGUCCAAAGACUUCUAUCCGGGAACCACAGAACGAGUAUGCCUGGUACAGGGCACAGCAGAGGCCUUGAAUGCUGUGCACAGCUUUAUUGCUGAGAAGGUCCGAGAAAUCCCACAAGCAAUGACCAAGCCUGAGGUGGUCAACAUCCUUCAACCCCAAACCACGAUGAACCCCGACAGAGCCAAGCAGGCCAAGCUGAUCGUCCCCAACAGCACCGCGGGCCUGAUCAUCGGCAAGGGGGGCGCCACAGUGAAAGCCGUGAUGGAACAGUCGGGUGCCUGGGUGCAGCUGUCCCAGAAGCCAGAGGGCAUCAACCUUCAGGAGCGUGUGGUGACAGUCAGCGGCGAGCCGGAGCAGGUGCACAAGGCCGUGAGCGCCAUCGUGCAGAAGGUACAGGAAGACCCCCAGAGCAGCAGCUGCCUCAACAUCAGCUACGCCAACGUGGCUGGCCCCGUGGCCAACUCCAACCCCACCGGUUCACCGUACGCCAGCCCCGCCGAUGUGCUGCCCGCCGCUGCCGCCGCCUCGGCCGCUGCCGCCUCCGGCCUGCUGGGCCCCGCGGGGUUGGCGGGCGUGGGCGCCUUCCCGGCCGCCCUGCCUGCCUUCUCAGGCACCGACCUGCUGGCCAUCAGCACGGCGCUUAACACGUUGGCCAGUUACGGCUACAACACCAACUCCCUCGGCCUGGGCCUCAACUCGGCCGCGGCCUCCGGGGUCCUGGCCGCCGUGGCCGCUGGUGCGAACCCCGCCGCCGCCGCCGCCGCCAACCUCCUGGCGUCCUACGCGGGCGAGGCCGGGGCCGGGCCCGCCGGAGGGGCCGCCCCGCCUCCGCCCCCGCCCCCUGGAGCCCUGGGGUCCUUCGCCCUGGCCGCAGCCGCCAACGGCUACCUCGGGGCCGGGGCGGGCGGCGGGGCGGGCGGCGGGGGUGGCCCGCUGGUGGCCGCCGCAGCUGCAGCCGGGGCCGCCGGGGGCUUCCUGACGGCAGAGAAGUUGGCAGCUGAGAGUGCCAAGGAGCUGGUGGAGAUUGCGGUGCCUGAGAACCUGGUGGGGGCCAUCCUGGGCAAAGGGGGCAAGACGUUGGUGGAGUACCAGGAGCUGACAGGCGCGCGCAUCCAGAUCUCCAAGAAGGGGGAGUUCCUGCCUGGCACGCGGAACCGGCGGGUCACCAUCACGGGCAGCCCUGCGGCCACGCAAGCCGCUCAAUACCUCAUCAGCCAGCGGGUCACCUACGAGCAGGGAGUGAGGGCCUCAAACCCCCAGAAAGUGGGAUGAGGCCUGUGGUGUGUGCUCCCACCCCUCCUCCCGGCCCCUUCUCUUCCUCUUCCUUCUCCUCCCCUCCCCCACCCCCCACUCCCAACUCCUGACCUCAGCUCCGAGUGUAGUCCUGCUCCUCGUGGGAUGGGGCUGGGGUAAGCCUGACUGCACCCCCCCCUCCUUCUGGUAGUCAUAGGCAGGAUUGAGUGAUGGCUGGGGAUGGGGCCCAGAAGCUCCCUCCCCAGCUCUGAACUGACCCUUCUUCCUUCCUCCCUAAGCUUGACUGGGCCUGACCCUCCGCUCCCAGGGCCCGGCUCUGUGUGAUAUCUGUAUAUAUUGCAUUUUGUUGAUUUUAAUAGAAAACAAAGCGUUAUUUUCUCUUUCUUUCCCUCCUUUUAUUUUCUUUUUUCUUUUUCUUUUUUUCUUUUCUUUUUUCCUUUUAUUUCCGUUUUUUCUUUUCUUUUCUUUUCUUUUCUUUUUUUUUUUGGUAAGGAUUUUUUUCCCCCUUUGUGAGUUUUUGUUUCCAUAUGGGAGGAGGGGAGGGAGCCUCUGGGCCACCUAGAAUGAGGGGCCUCCCCCAAACAACACCCCACCUCUCCUGCUUUCAGUUCCAGAUCUGAGAGAAGGGAUGGGAGUAGAGGUAGCCGAGGAGUCUGAGCUGAAAUGGGGUAUUUGGAGCAGGGACCCCAGAGUUCCCAGAUUUUCUCAGCGACUCUACCCCUAUUGGAGCUGCCCCUCCUAGGUGGGACUGUUCACUGUUUUGUUGUCAGGUCGUAUAGGGGGAGGGGGUGCAGUGCUGCUGGGAAUGAGACCAGCUCUAGGAUUCGUCCAGUCCUGUGGGCAAGACUCUUGUGAGAGGCUGGAACAGCUUCCUGUGGCAUCUUCUGUGGUUUUACCUAGAGUAAUGGGAAUGAAGGUCCCUGUUGGGAUGUCCCUGAGUCAAGUACUCUCUGGGGUGCUGCUGGGACUCCUUCUGAUGUCAUGGGAAGUAGUUCCCCAGAGGUCACUUCCUGUGAUGAUAGGACAGACAGGUACUUCCUAUGAUGUCUCAGUGGACCUUCCUUGAAGGUUACUUCAGCAACAUCAUGGGGGCAUGUACUUCCUGUGGUAUCUCCAGGUUAUUUCCUGUGACGUCAUUGGGAUGGAGCAUGCACUUCCUAAAUUGGGCCAUGGCCAGUCACUGACACUCCUUCUCCGCCCGCACCCCUCUUUGGUGGGUCUUGGCCUGGGGGUCUGCCUAGGAGGAGAAUAAGGGGUGGGACUUGGAGCAUAUCUGGAGGACUCUAAGGAAAAAGACCCAAUAUUGUCAGGGUCAUCUCUAUCCAAAUACACCAAGUCUGUGAACCUGGCAGGGAGGGGUGGGAGAUGGAGCUAGUGAAAACUGUUAAAGACCCCCAUUCCCACCCCCGCCUUUUGUGUGCAUGCUUGUGUCUGCGUGGCUUUGUUCCAUUGAGUCUGGUGAGCCAAAUGUGUGGUGGCUCUGUCAGGCCAUCAUGACCCAGUGUAGAGUUCAGUGAGCCACGGUAGGGUCCCUUGAGCCUGAAUGCUUCGUGUGGUCUAGUAGAUUAGAUUGGCUUGUGGUUUCCAGCAAGCUGGAGUACUUUGGUAGUAUUGGAGGGAUCAGAAUGUUUUGGUGCUCUUGCCAUGGGCCCUGAGGAGCUAGAAAAUUCUGAUGGAGUCUGCCAAGCCAGGCAGCCCUGAGAGUUGGUUUGGGAGUGGCUCCCUGAGCACUGCGACUGUGGUCAGCUCUAAGGCCUUGUUGGCAGGCUGAGAUUUCAGGGCCUGACAACCCUAUGGACUUAGGAUAGCUGAGACCCACCUCUCCCCUCAUCCAUCUCCCCCUCCCCCUUGGAGACCACCUCCACUUCCUCCAGCCCAAAACAGGGCCCCCAGUGCCCUGGUUCCAUCAUCAGCAUCUCUGGGGGAGGGGUACCCCACGCCCACCCUCUCCCCCAUUUGUCCCCCUCCUAGGUCUUCCAGACCCUUCUCUACUCCAUGGCUUUGGGGGAAUCAGGCCUCCUCGUCUCUCUCCCAACAAAGGGAAAGAAGAAAAGCCAGAGACAAUUCCCACCCCUAAAGCCUGGGAGACCCCUGCCCCUUGCUAGAGAGCCACCCCCAAAUCAAAAUGUGAAAAUCCCUAGAAAGCAAUAGCCUUCAAGGUACCUUGCACUGAAUUUCCCACCCCGGCCCUUCCGCCUGAUGGGAGGCUGUAGCUUGGGCACUAGGGUGACUUUUUCCAUGCCCUCUUCAUCUCCAGGGUGGGGGGCAGGCCCCAUUUCCCCAUCCCCCAUCUCCCAUCGCUGCUGCCCCCACCCUUAAUCUCCAGACUGAACCCAGAUGGAGAUUCGAGUGCCAAAACAAUUCUUGAUGUAACUUUGUACAUAU